UUCUAUUCCCUCCAUAAAAUUAAAAAUUCCCGCUUACCAAAAUAUACACAUUACACCGUAUAAUCGACCGAGCUGAUUCAAUCCUCUACGAAUCACACCGUACCGGAAAAUGUCUACGUGGCAGCUUCACUCAGACGCCGAAAACAAUCUUCGGUGGAGCCGUCUCCCCGAUGACCCCCAAACCGAAGUCCAAACCGCCGCACCGACUCAAUUACGACGUCGUCUUCCUUCCAUUUCCGAUCUAGCGCUCAAAGGUUAUUCGAAGUUGAAGGAGAGUAAUAAUAACAAUGAUAGUGUGAAUGAGUCGGGUUACCAGAUGUUUCGGACCGGGUCGGGCAAGCCUUUAGUUGCCAAUCAGUCUUCAUUAUCAAAAGCAUCAGCUAUGCUGAGCGAGGUCGUAUUUGAUCAAGGUUAUCCGGAGCUAAACCAGAGCAAUGCUAAUAGUGUGAAUGAGUUGGGUUAUCAGAUGUUUCAGACCGGGUCAGGUAAUCCUGUAGCUGUCAAUCAAUCUUCAUUAUUAAAAGCAUCAGCUAUGUUGGGCGAUAUCAUAUCAGAUCAAGGUCAUUCGAUGAUAAACGAGAGUAAUGCUAAUAGUUUGAAUGACUCGGGUUAUCAAAUGUUUCGGACCGGGUCGGGUAAGCCCGUAGCAGUCAAUCAGUCUUCCUUAUCAAAAGCAUCAGCUAUGUUGAGUGAUGUUGUAUCGGAUCAAGGUUAUUCGAAAAUAAGUGGGAGCAAUGCUAAUAGUGUCAAUGAGUCGGGUUAUCAGAUGUUUCGGACUGGGUCUGGUAAACCAGUAGUUGUCAAUCAAUCGUCACUACUGAAAGCAUCAGCUAUGAUGAGUGACGCUGUAUCUGAUCAAGGAUUUACAAAGCUCACUGGAAAUGUUGGACGACCUCUUAGAAGCCCUUCAACAUUUCGAAAUGGAUUCAAGAAUUCACUUGCUUUAAAAAGGUCUCCUCUUUCGAAAGCUUCAUCAAUUCUUACCAAUGAAGCUGAGCCUACCGUGGUCACAGGGAGCGGGGUUACUGUAGAUACAGGCCAGGUAAAAGCAAUAGAUAGCGCAUGCAAUUUUGGAAAUUCAAUGUUCCAGACAGGGUCAGGGAAAACAGUAACUAUAUCUACCUCAGGUCUUGCAAGAGCCCAAAAAUUGUUGUGCUUGAAGGACAAUCACACUCAUCAAGGUUUUGAAGGAAUGAUGCAGCAGUUACAUGCCAUACCUAGUAAUCAGCAAAGUUUGCAUCAUUUGGGUUUGGAGAUGGGUGUUGCUGAUAAGCAGUCAAAAGACAGCAUCUCAAGUCUAAGAUCUCCUCUCAAGGUAAGGUCUGAAACAUCAGGGAGUGAGUUGCUGGAGGUUACUCCAGAUAGUGUGCAUUCUAUUUCAAGACCAUCUUCUAUUAAGUUUCAUACUGCUGGUGGAAGAUCUAUAUCAGUUUCUAGUAAUGCCUUGCAACGUGCAAGGAGCCUUCUUGGAGACCCAGAGUUGGGAAGUUUCAUGAAUGAAGGGGAUGCUGGUGAGCCUGUCUUUUCCAUUUUUAAAGACAGAAAAUCGAAUAUGAAUUUAAAAAAAUCAUAUUGCUCAGAUACAUGUGUUUCGGACCAACACUCUGUAACAAGAAAACGAGUGGCAAAGAACUUCAUAUCUCCUCUGCGUCCAACUUCCUCCCAAAAACAAUCCUUGGUUAAUGUAGGUUCAGGGAAAAACUUGAUCAGAAACUUUGAUGCAGAGGCCCAUGAAAGCACUACUUGUAAUGAUGUGAAGGGCUGCCAAAAGUAUCCUAAGAAUAACGAUCCCUAUUCCUCCGAUAAUACAACACGCGAAGACAAUAUAGCUGGUUCUGGUUUCCAAAAAGACCCACACAAAAAGCAAAGAGGUUGGCCAUUAGUUGAUAUCUCAAACACCACUGACAUGGGUGAUAGAAGUAACAAACAAGCUGUGGCUGUAAAGAGAGUAGUGGAUAGGAGGAGCUCUGGUUCUUUCAAGAAGCCCCGUGUUUCUAAAUUUAUCACCCCCCUUAACAAUGAAAUUCCAUAUACUGAAAAUGGUUCACUAGCCAUAGAUCCUGAAGAAUCUUCUUACAAGAAUAAGUUUCCUGGUCGAUACCCUUUCCAGGCUACUCGAAAGUAUGUCAAAGAGUAUUUUGGUGCGCCGCCAUCUGUCAAUACUACGUUGGAGCAUUUGCCAGAAUGUAUUAGAACAAUGAAUCCAGAUAGAGCAGAGAAACAUUGUUUCCCUAGUGAAUGUGGUUCUGAUAGUGUUGGGAAAGAAGCUUUUUCUGCAAUGUUGCUGCAAUCUGGAGCUUCCAUGAAAUAUAUUUCAGACACUUGGGUUACAAAUCACUAUAAGUGGAUUGUCUGGAAGCUUGCAUGCUAUGAACGAUUUUAUUCUGAGAGGUAUCUGACCGUUAGUAAUGUUAUGGAAGAACUGAAAUACAGAUAUGAUAGAGAAGUAAAUCAUGGACAUCGAUCAGCUAUAAAAAGAAUCUUAGAAGGAGAUGCACCACCGUAUUCUGUACUGGUACUUUGCAUAUCAUCCAUCCAGAGAAAUACAGAGGCAAUAAUCAAAAAUAUCAGUAACUCACACGGAGUUGAUAAAAGCAAAGUUGCAAAUGUGGAAUUGACAGAUGGGUGGUAUGCAGUGAAUGCUGUACUAGAUGCACCAUUGUCUAAAAAGCUGGACUCCGGGAAAUUGUUUGUCGGACAAAAACUUAAGAUCUCAGGAGCAGGACUAAGUGGUUGGGCUGGUCCAGUUUCACCUCUCGAGGUGCCGAGCACCGUCAGCUUGGUUUUGCACAUUAAUGGAACUUACAGAAGUCAUUGGGCUGAACGUUUGGGCUUCUGUAAGAGUGGAUGUGCUCCACUAGCAUUUGACUGUAUCAAGAGUGGUGGAGGAGUAAUUCCCAGCACAUUUGUCGGAAUACAAAGAAUAUACCCUGUUCUAUAUCGGGAAAGGUUAAGUGAUGGGGAAUACACUGUAAGGUCAGAGAGGAUGGAAGCUAAGAUGCAGCAGUUAUAUAACCAAAGGCGCUCUGAAGUUGCAGAAGAAGUUAUAUCCGAGUUACAGAGGGCAGAUGCAGAUAUACUUAUAAAUAGUGAUGGAAGUGAAGAAGCGGCAAAAAUCUUUAAGAUUCUUGAAACAUCUGCUGAACCAGAAAUUCUGAUGGCUGGCAUGAGUUCGAAGCAACUAAAAUCUUUGUCUAUUUAUCAAGCAAAACUAGAGGAAACAAGGCAGUCAAACAUUCAUCAAUCUAUCGAAAAAGCUUUUGAAAAUUCUGGUCUUAGUGGGAGAGAUGUCACCCCAUUUAUGAGGUUGAGUGUAGUCGGGUUAACCACAAAAAUUGGUCAGGAGAAGUGUUACCCGCGAAAAGGCUUGAUUACGAUAUGGAAUCCGACUGAGGAACAGAAGUUAGAGUUGGUUGAAGGACAGGCAUAUGCUGUUUCAGGACUUGUAGCAUUUAAUUCUGGUUCAGAUACCCUUUACUUGCAAACACGAGGACCUACCACCAAAUGGCGGCACUUAUCUUCCUCGGCCUUGGAACAGUAUCAGCCCUUCUAUAAACCACGGAAACCUGUAUCGUUGUACAAUUUAGAUGAAGUUCCUCUCUCAAGCGAAUUUGAUAUUGCUGGAUUUGUCAUUUUCGUGGGUGAGGUUCAUGCAACUGCUAAUCAAAGGAAGCAAUGGGUUUUUGUGACAGACUGCUCCGUACAUGGAUCACAUACUAACAGGCCAUCUGAUGAUUUACUUGCAAUUAGCUUCUGCGCACCAACUAGUGGUCAUGAUUUAUAUCUACCAAUCAGCCAUAACCUUGUUGGAUCAACGGUUGGUUUCUGUAAUAUCAUUAAGAAGGAAAAGGACCAAAUGAAUCAUAUCUGGGUGGCAGAAACCACGGAAAAUUCAGAUUACUCCUUAACUUAUGAACAUAGACAAUACAUUCACCUUAAAGGUGCUGCUAUUGCUUCUCAAAAGUGGGCUGAAGUUUCAAGUUUGACGGUUGAGAAACUCAAGCAGAAGGUUAUAUCUAUUGUAUAAAUUGGAAAAACAGUUUUGAACAUACCACCACAGGGACAAUCGGCUCUUUGCAGUCAAAGGAUUGAAGUCUUUAAAGCCAAUCUUACUGUGGAAAUUGAUCAUGCUCUCUUGUGGACGGUGGUAAAUGUAUUUCAUGAGCCUCUACAGAUAAACACCAGUUAACCGAAUUGAUUGAAAUCCUAUCUGGUUUCGGGCACAGCAUAACAAGUCAAUAGGAAGGUUUGUAUCCUUCUUAUGCAAUGCAAAUAAUUAUAUACUCAUGUAUAUAUAUCGGUCCUUUAGUCACUCCCCACCCCUCACUUGUGUAUCCAUUUGCUCUAGGGAACUAAGUCCGCUCUGUGUUCAGUUUCACUCUAGAAUCUUAGACAAGCAAAGUAAGGCUGUAUAUCACUGUUUUGUUACUUCAAAGAAGUGUUAGACAAAUGCAACAUUUCUGUGAUUACAUGUUCUACACUUGUUCUGAAAAAUGAGAGAAAAGAAGUAUGGAACUCGAACUGUAUAAAUCCACCAGCCAACCGAGUAGAUCAGAGCUACAUAGCCAAUUCGGAGAAAAGCAGGAAUUCACACCAACCUCAGACCCAAGCAGACACUAUAGAUUUCUGAUGAACUUAUUGAGCAGGUGAAAUUGUGCCAUUUUCCGGUGCUCUACUAAUUUGGAACCAGUCUGCUUCAUCUGAUUCUUACUUCCCUAGAAUAAAGAAAACAAACGAAUGGAACAGUAAUGUAAUUUAUGUAAGUAUCGAAAAGAGGACAGAUACGAGGUAAUGUGGUGUAUCCAUAAACUUUGAUUAUUGCAAAUUUUUGUCCGUUGAGAUCAA